CGCUUCCGUUUCAUCACAUCCUCACGACGCCGACAACAGUCGACACCGCGAUCUGCAAACACUAAAAACAGAAAAAAACUCGUAAUCGUCGUAGUCAUGUCUUACGCGUUUGCGCUCUCGUUCGUCUGCGUCGCCUCGGCCGCCAUCGCCGCGGCCGCCACUGCCGCCGGGCCGCCACAGCAAGAGGACGGCGGCUCCGCCGGAUUCGGCACGGUCCUGUGGUCCGUGCUGGACGACUGUUUCUCCGGCGACGCGGCCGACACGGCCGCGGUGUGCCUCAAGUCCAGAGCUCUGACGGCGCUGGACAGGGCCCUCGGCAAGCCCGCCCUGACCGUCGUGGACGGAGUGACGCUGACCGCCCGGGCCGGCAAGUCUCUGCAGGCCACGGACCCGCAAGCCGACCGGGCCGACCGGGCCGCCCUGGACGCCGCCCCGGACGCCGACAGCAAGAGCGCCCUGCUGGACGACAUGCUGGCCAGCCGCAUGGACAGGCUCAUGUCGACCAGGACUAUCGUGUUGGACGGAGCCGCCGGUCAAGAAGGUCGUGGCAAGAAGAAGGACAAGGCCAUGCAACAGGCCAUGAUGAUGGCCGGCAUGAUGGCCGCCGGCGUCAUGGGCCCGAUGGCGUUGAAGAUCAUCGCCCUGAUGGCCGGCAAGGCGCUGUUGGUGAGCAAAAUCGCGCUGGUCUUGUCCGGCAUCAUAGCGCUCAAGAAACUGUUCCAGCCUCAGCAGUCGAGCGGCGGAGGCGGCGGACACGAGCACAUCGUCGAGUCGGCUCCUUCCGGCCACCAUUACGGCCGCAGCAUCGACGCCCACCGCGCGGCCUACUCGGGCCAAGUCCAAUAGCCGACAACGUCGUAGCAUCGUAAUGUCAUACGCGUUGACGAUAUCGCGGUUUUAUCCACUUCCGACGCGAUAUACUGCCAAUGACGUAUUGAUUAUCGUCAUCACCGUACGUGGUCGCCACAACUAAUUUAUUAUAUAUUUAUUUAUUUAUCUAUUUAUCGAUAUAAAUCAAGCCUCCGAUAUGUAUUCGUCGUGCGUAUUUCCAACACCUUCGUAUACGUUUAACUGUUAUCAUCGUCAACGUAUCAAAACGUACAACAACGAAUCGACUGUAUUAUAAUAUUUUGUAAUAUCGUAAUAUCGUGUGCCUGCGAGAACGACGAAUUUUUAUACGUUUUUUUUUUUUAAAAAUAUUUUUAAGAAACCGGUUAAUAUUUAUUAAUAUUUAUUUUUAUUGUGUUUUAAAUAUUGUGAUUUAUAUUCACGUGUUUAAUUAUAGUUAACAAAAAAAUAAACAUAAAUCUGAUUUCAAAAGUU